UUCGAGCAGGUUUUGUUGAAGAAAGUGCACCAUGUUCAGGGGUUCACCUUAUAGGAAUCAAAGAUCCGAAGGGUUGAAGUUGAAACAUGCUCUACAAAUAUGUCUUCUGACUGCUAUUUGCAUUUGGCUGCUUUACCAAGUUAGGCACUCGAGUGAGAAGAAAGCCGAGUAUGAGAAAUCGGCGAACCAAGUCAUAAAGUUGGGGAGAAAGGACCUUCCUCAAGCAGAGAAAACGAUUAUUAAGGAUGUGAGGGUCAAGGAAGAAGACGAGGAAGGAAGCAAGAUUGGAGAAGAAGGUAACAAGCUUGAGGAAACUGAAACUGAAGGAAGAGGGAAUGGAGAUGAUGAUGUGAUGGGUGAGCACGAUGAUGUGAAAGCGGAAGAGGAAACCGAACACACAGAAAAUACUACAGAUGGAGAGAAGGAAAAUGAAGAAAUUCGGAACACUGAGGUUGAAGAGAAGGAAAGCGGAGACCUGGAGAGUGAAAGGACUAAUGAGAAUGUUAGUGAAGAUAAGGGGUUGGAAGAGAGUAAAGAGGACAGUGAAAACAAGGCGAGUGAAGUCAAUGGAGAGGAAGGGGAAAAUAAGGCAGUUGAGGAUAAAGAAAACACCGAGGAGAGUCGAGAGAAGGAAAAUAAACAUAUUGGAGAAGAGAGUAACGCAACGGAAAGCGGCAAGAAAGAGACUGAGAAGAGCGGAGGUGACAUAGAAAAUUUAGGUACAUCAGAUGAUGGGGUCCAUGAUGGAGUUGAAAGGAGCAAUAAAGAAGCAAGGGAAGAACUUUACAAGGGGGAUGAUGCUUCAAGCGAGGUAGCCAAUCAUACCCAACAUGCAUCACUUGAGAAUGAGACAGGCGGUACAGAAAAUUCCAAUGAGUCGGAGCAAUUAAAAAACAACGGUAAAAAUGCGUUUGACUGGGAGAAAGGAUUGAAUAGCAGUGGAGCAGCCAAUGUUCAUCAUAAAGAGUUGAAUGUGCAGGAGAAUGAAACGACUGAAAACAAUCAAGAGAGUGGUAAUGAGAGCACUGAGGCUUCAGUGACAGAUACAAAAUCAAAUGAGCACCUGAAUGGUACAGAGGCAUCAUCCGAUUCAACUCAGAAUGAAAAUGAUCAGCAACCGGACAAAUCCGCCUAUGUUGGCAAUGGCGAGCGAUUUAAUUUAAAUGCAAUUGCUACUUUGACUGAGCACGUGAAUGGAGCUAAUGGAGGUUCUGCAAGCUCUACCAGUAACUCUGAAUCUGUUGAAUCAAAUGGGCAGAUUGAGAUCUCUGAUGCACGUACAGGGUUCGACAGCAAUUCUUCAUCUUCAGUUACAAGCCAAAAUGACACAGUUCAGACUGACGAAUCCAGCAAUAAUUCUGGAGUAGAGGGUCAGAAUGAGAAUGAGAGUGGUGGCGAUACCAACAAUGACACAAAUGUAAAUGGGAGAGACAGCAGAACUGACAAUCAGAGCAACACUAACGACAUUGCAAAUGCAAAUGAAGAUGUUACUGAAAAGGACAACAACAAUUCAAAUUUAAAUGAAAAUGCUGCUUUGAACAACGAGAAGAAUACAGGUCAGAAUGAGAAUAAUGCUUCCCAGAGCAACAAUGAGAAAGCAAGUCAGAAUGAGAACAAUGAUACUGUUCUGAGCAAUAACAACAACAAUGAGAAUGCUAGGCAAAAUGAGAACAAUGCUGGGCAAAAUGAGAACAAUGCUGCUCAGAGCGUUGACGACAAACGGAAUGCUGGUCAGAAUGAGAAUAAUGCUUCCCAGAGCAACAACAGCAACAAUGAGAAUACAAGUCAGAAUGAGAACAACGCUGCUGUUCAGAUCAAUACCAACAACAAUGAGAAUACAAGUCAGAUUGAGAACAAUGAUGCUGUUCAGAUUCAAACCAACAACAACGAGAAUGCAAGUGAGAAUGAGAACAAUGUUGCUAAGAGCAUUACCAACAAAGAAAAUGCAGGUCAGAAUGAGAAUAAUGCUUCCCAGAACUACAACAGCAAUAACAGUGAGCAUGCAAGUCAGAAUGAGAACAGUGCUGUUCAAAUCAACACCAACAAAGAGCAUGCAGGUAUGGAUGAAAACAAUGCUUCCCAGAACUACAACAAUAGCGAGAAUGCAAGUCUUAAUGAGAACAAUGCUUCUCAGAGCAUUAUCGACAAAGAAAAUGCGGGCCAGAAUAGGAAUAAUGCUUCCCAGAACUUAAACAACGACGACAACACCACCAGUGAAAAUGCAAACCAGAAUAACAAUGAUGCUAUUCAGAAAAACACAGACAAACAGGAAACCGCGAGUCAGGAUGAGAGUAAUAGGGCAUGGACCUACGAUAAUGACAAUGCAGGUCAGAAUGAAAACAACAAUUCUGCUCAAAGCGCCACCAACAACAAUGGGAAUUCAGAUGAGAAUGAGAACAAUAAUGCUUCACAGACCCACAAGAACAACAAUGCAAGUGACAAUUUUAGGACUUUGCCAGGCACCAGAACUGGGGGAAAUGAUGGUGAGAAUGUAGCUACUGAGUGAAAAUGAUGAUCUGUUGUUCACUAUAUGAAUAUUAUAGCCAUCAAAGUUUUUUCUUCUUCUUAUUCCUGGGAUGAAAAGGCAAAAUUGUAAGUUCCUGGCCACUUGUGCUUUACUGUGAUAUUAGUACUGAAAGUGUUUGUUUUGUACUUAUAGCUCUACUUCUAAUGAUAAACACUCCAUGUUUCCAUAAGCCACAUAUGUAUAUGUCUAAAUUGUGUUCUACUGUAUAGCAAAAAU